AACGCUCUGCCUUUUGUCUCUCUUCUCGACGCACAGCAGCCAACCAUCUGAGGCGUGUAUGCAAGCUUAGAACAUUAGUGCCUUGGAUUGUUCUGGCCACCAGAGAUGUCCCUCUUCCAUGCCGCCUGCCACAGGCGACAGAUGCAGUUCGCAGUGAUCUAACUCUUAUCUUUCUCCCAGGAAGCUUAAACAAAACGCAGGCCUCGCGCGCAUUCAUGAACCUCCAGGAUGUCUUUGCUAACAUUAUAUCCUCAGGAAAUUCUUGCUGUAUUCUUUCAUUAUCUAUCCUUAUCUGAGCUGGACGAUUCUUCUUUCUUUAAGCGCCCCAGCUUCUUUGUUCCAUAUCGCAAUAGCCGAUCUAAUUCAUACCUUCAACGAUAACUGCUCUCAUUUCUGACGAUCAUUCUUACUUGAAACACUUAACUUUCCCUGUGUCUCAAAAAUACAUUCUGUCGAGAUCAGCUUGUCUCGAACUGCCAUAAUGCACUUUAUCCAGUGCCUUGCACUCAUUCUUGUCUUUAUCACCUCAAGCUCGGCCGGUCCGGUUGCUCAUCUACUUCCACGACCAAGAGAUUUCGGGUCUUACAAUCAAACAGCAUGGAAACCGAAAGCUACCUCUUCGUCUACUGCAAUUGCCCUUCAGUUUCUUGCAAGUUCUAGUGCACAAGUGGGUCAAGAUGGGGGUCGAUCCUCCAUUACUCCUACGCAUAGUUCUAGUGUGCAACUCCGAGGCUCGUCGAACAUUCCCAGUUCAACACCCGUGCGGACACUAUCUGGAACAACAAGCAGGACAUACAAAACUCAUUCUACUUCGUCGUCAUUGCUCAGUACGAGCACGCCUAUUCUACAAAUCAUACCGGUGGAAGAGCCAACUUCCACUUUCUCAUCUGCUCUUUCGCAGACUCCAAGCAGUACAAGUCUGACCGUUCAAAUCAUCCAGCCUCUGGGUUCUAGUGGGGUCGUCAGUCCUUCUUUGUCACUGCAAUUCUCAAAUCCUGUUAGCCGGACAGCUUCGCCCGUCGCAUAUCAGCCCGCUACAGGGGCUUCGGCAAGUUCAUCAAGUGCGCGAUCACCGGCCAGGACACCAACUUCCUCGAGAUCGAGCUCACAUGCUUAUGUGCAGCCAACGUCUUCUAUCUCCGCAAAUAAUGGUGAUGGUCCUGCAGCAGAGGCAACUAUUACACUUCCGGGCCUUGAGAACGGGACUAAGCCUGGUCCAAAACCAACACCCUCACCAACUACAUUAUCCACGUCUUCCGCUUCUUCGAUCUCGAACAGCAUAUCUCCAAGCAGCCAAUCUUCACAGACUCCUUCUGAGCCGACAAUCGGGGUAGUAACCAUACAGCCAACACCUGCUUCUCCCGCACCCUCUCCAGCAGAUGGUGGUGAAAAGUCAAGCUCAUCCUCAUAUACUCCGUCACCCACCAAUUCCGUCACUGGGACAAAAGCAACGACUACAAUCAACCCAGCGGAUACGACUACUCAGACAGCAGCUCCGGCUUCUGGCACUCCAUCAGUUGGAAACUCGAGCACCGGAGCAGCAAAAACAACAAGUCUCGAAGUUACAAUUAUCAAAACGACAUCCACCCGUACUGUCUUGGUAUAUCCUUCGCCCACGACAAGUACCUCCCAGCAGCCUCCAGCUCCAGUCGCACAGCCAACCUCAUCAAGCAAAAGCACAAGCACAAGCACUGUGGUUCCAGAUGAAAUAUCCAUAGUCCCCGUCACGCCAGGACUGCCCACUGUGACGGAAACAGUGACCGAGACAGUUACCGAUAAAGUUCAAGUAACGGAAACAACGACCGUCACGACGACACUUACAGGAUAUUAUUAAUAUGUAUCUCUCCCGAGAAGUAAAUAUGAUUUUUGGGUGUGUGGAUAUGGAGAUAGAAACUAAAUGGGACGAUAAUGAUAUUCCAUUGUGCUUUUUAGUAUCAUUUUUCCUUAUAUUGUAUUUUUAUGCUGUAGAUCUAUGUAGUUGUUUGGAAGUCGUAUGUCUGAUUUCAAUAAGAAGUCGAUGGUAAUGAUGGAAUUGAAAACCUUCAGUAUUUGGAUCAAUAAGGCUAUCUGGAGUACUGUUGUUACCUGAUGAACGAUAUGAUAUCACUACGAGGAAUCUCAUUCCCCG